AUGCUCAAUUCUUUGUGUCGCGUAGUCUCGUUCCUCUUAAUUCCUCUAUCUCUUUCCUUCUCUCUCUUUUCUUUUCUUGCAUUCCUUCAUUCCUUCUACUAUCUUUCCCCUACGACUACUGAAGAAGGUAAGCCACCAGAGCCCCCUCUCCACCAUGUAUUCAGAGCAUUUUGGGACCUGCGAUCCGCCUACAAUGUUGUGGUGACAUGUCCCGAUCCUCUUCUCGCUCUGAGCACUUCACACCCACCUCAUCGCCACCCCACUUCCAAAACCAUUGCCCACCACAACUCUUCAGUUGACCUUACACCAGAAGCCAUUAGAACUAACAUUUUGUGGCUUCAGAGACAGCAAGAUUUCGACAUGGGUUCAUCAUAUCAGAGCCUCCGUGAGGGCCUCGAGGCCGCUCUGCGACACACACGUCCCACGGAUACCCAAGACUCCGACUUCGAAGCGUCCAAACUCCCACCUUUCCUGCAAGAACUUCUGGAUCGAUAUCCUCCAAACUUCGGUGAUGAAACGCCAGAGGCUGGUACCGAUGACUCCAACACAGCAGAGAACGAUAGCAUUGCGGAAGAAAGCAGCAGUGCUCUGUCACAAGCGUGUGGCACAGAGUCGGACCAUGAUUCCAUUGCUUCAACAUCCUCGGAUUCAAACGAGCUGUCGUCAGUCGAGAUUGAAGCUUUCAUUGACUACUAUGUGGCCGAGAAAUUCCGAAAGGUCCAAGACAGAACUUCCACCAACAGCGAUGCCACAGAGCUCAGCGCUAUGACUGAACACAACGAUGAGCAAACCUUUCAGUUGAAAGCAGAGAAGAGCGCGCUCGAGGACCGUCUGAACAACCUGAGGAUAACCGUUCAUGGAUCAAUUGUCUCAGAAACUGGAGCCACUGCCAGUGCUACCAAAAAGCAAUGCCAAUGUCUAGACGAGACGAUCAAACACAUUUGCCGGAUUAAUGGCCUGCUGGGCAUUGCACAAGACGAAAAGACCAAUGAUCCCAUGCUCCAACUCCCAAAGAGCAAUCAGGAAGCCGAAACACAUGAGACCAAUAGCCGAGACCGAUGCUCCAGUGUGAACGCGAAAAGCUGGGGAGAAAUUCAGAAGGACCAGGUCUCAGAUUGCGCGUUGCUCAAAGUCUUGUUAUCCAAAGACGUUAACUUCUUGAACGAGCUCUCCUUUUUCGGAUCCGGGAGGUCGAUGCAUCCUCUUCGGCGUGAACUAGACACAGCACUGAAUGACAUGAGGGAAGGCAACGGUGCAGCACGCCAAGCUCAAGAUUUCGACCAUCUUACCAUGACAUCCUUCGCGGAACUAUUCAUCGCAUGGUUGUGGUGCAUCGAGGUCCCGAUUGGGGGCUUCCUACCUGAAAAAAUUUCUUCGACGAUCUAUCUAAAAGAAGCCGCCCCAUUGAUCGUCGCACGUUUCCUCAGGGAUGUUAAGUCAGAAGUUGGGCAUUCUCUGUCAUAUGCACAUCAACUCAUUUCCGGCAGUAAUCACUUGGUGAGCCUAUCAGGUGCUCCCAUCUUGCUUGAUGGAUCUCACCAAGAUAUACUCCGCCCUCAUCAGUUGUCUGGUGUGAGAUUCUUGUGGCGGGAAAUUGUCAAGGAAAAGAAGCCUGGCGGAGCCCUUCUGGCACACGAGAUGGGUCUUGGCAAGACCCUUCAAAUGUAA